AUGGUCAAGUCCCGUAGUCGCUGGGUAGGGCCUAACAUGAGCCUCAUCUACCAGUUGACCGACUUCCGAUCCAAACUACAGGAUAAGAGCAAUAAGAGUAAACAACCUGCCCCAGAAUGGCUUGACAGCCCUGUCGUCCAGGAGAAAGCACCGCAGCUCCCUCUCCCAUCGUCCUCGCCGGCAUUCAAGAAACCCUCCCUCCAGAGCCAGACAGGUUCAAACACAGGAUUCAGUUUCUUCUCGCACAACCCGUUCAGCCUUGCUCGCCUAACCACCACCAGCAACCACAACAACGGCCCCUCGUCUAAACGCAACAAUGUCCUGCCUCGUCCCUUACCCCUACGAGAAAAGUACCAGACCUUCCACGCUUAUCGUCGCUCCAACUCCAGCCCUCCUCCAGAAACCCUCUUCCCAAGCAACUCGUUCUUCCAGCCGCCGAAUAAAAAUCCACAUGGCGAAACUGACGUACAAAUGGCUGAUCACUCCGUGCCCUCCACCACCCUUCCAGACGAGUCGACGAUCUUCUCUCCCAAAAAGACAGAUCAGUUCGUCAUCGCUUCUCCUUUCUCUCCAGGUAUUUUCUCUCCUGGCGCUCCCGCUCAGCCCCCCGCCGCCAGCGGUCUAGGUCUAGCAGGUGUGGAUUCGGUUCGCAAAUCUCUCGAGGCCAACCAACCAAGGGCACCAAUGAACCGACCGACGGUGAUCGACGCACCGCCAUGA